AUGGCAACGACAACAACGAGACCCCGGACUCCGAGCCGGGGCCAACCUCCUACUGAUCCACCUCCUGUCCCGACGGAGAACGGUCACUCACAAGUAAAGGAUCAACGCAGAACUUCCUCGUCUCUGGGAUUCCUUCGUCGUUCCAAGUCCACGGAGCCAAUCGGCGACAAAAAAUCUCGAAACAAAAAGAUGUCGAAGGCUCAGAUGGAGGAAGAGCUCCGCCGCCAACGCGAGGGAGGGCCGAAGCAACCUCCACGUCUUCCGGAUUUUGCGCCCCCGCCAGUCAUCGAGACCUUUGGAGGCGAGGAACACCAUGAUCGGGUUUCUGAACUUGCGAACCCUCUUUCGCCCACCCUUCCGACUCAGUCCCGUAGCGCGAUGAGUACACCUGUGCCGCCUGACUACACUGAUCCGUACGCUCGCACCGAGAGCAUGACACAUCGGGGUCGUUAUAGCUAUGCAAGCAGCUAUGUCAGUACUGUCAACAACCCGCGCAGACUGCGCCGGCGCAAGGAUCCCACUCCGUACAAUGUCUUGGUAAUUGGUGCGCGAAACUCGGGAAAGACUUCAUUCCUCAAUUUCCUUCGAAAGUCCUUAGCUCUGCCCCCGCAUAAACAUCCCUCGCGCUCUCCUGACGAAGUUGAAUACGAUCGUCAGAACCCUGCUAACGAGGGAUAUACUUCUCACUACCUCGAAACUGAGAUCGACGGAGAACGUGUUGGUCUGACCUUGUGGGACUCCCAGGGGCUGGAGAAGAAUGUUGUCGACAUUCAGCUCCGCGGCGUUACCGGUUUCUUAGAAAGCAAAUUCGAGGAGACUUUGAACGAGGAGAUGAAGGUUGUCCGCUCUCCAGGAGCCCGUGACACUCAUAUUCACUGUACAUUCUUGAUUCUCGACCCCUCGCGCCUGGAUGAGAACAUCGCUGCUGCAGAACGAGCUGCCCAAGGAACCGCAAGGCCGUCUGACUCCCGAAUCUUGGGCGUCCUCGAUGAGAACCUCGAUAUCCAGGUCCUACGUACUGUUAUCGGAAAGACCACUGUUGUUCCCGUGAUCAGCAAAGCAGACACAAUUACCACUGCGCAUAUGGCAUACCUCAGGAAAGCUGUGUGGGCUAGUCUGAAGAAAGCCAACAUUGAUCCCCUCGAAAUCCUCACUCUCGAAGAUCAGGAAGAUUACACCUCCGAAGAGAGCGAUGAAGAUGAAGCCGAGACUCCCAAAGCUGAAGAUGACCCCGCUACAGAAGACCAGGAAGAGUCUGGUGAGCCCGGAAGCCCGUCAAACAAACCAAAGAGGUCUCCUUCGCAGCGCAGCGAAAGUACCCGCCAAUCUGCCGCGUCCCAGGCCGGUGUCCCUCCCCUUCCGUUCUCGAUCUUGUCUCCAGACCGAUACUCGCUCGAGAGCGAAAACGGGCCAGUCGGACGCAAGUUCCCCUGGGGCUUUGCUGACCCUUACAAUGCGGAGCACUGCGAUUUUCUAAAACUCAAAGACUCGGUAUUUAGCGACUGGAGAUCUGAAUUGCGUGAAGCCAGUCGUGUGAUUUGGUACGAACGGUGGCGGACUAGCCGCUUGAACCGACAUGAUGCUGUGGCAUCGACAAAGCAACGGGCAUACAGCGGCCGAACAGGCCCAGAUUUUGGACAUCGUACUCGGUGA